CUGCAAGUGGCCCCACGAAGAAGUCCACGCAUCUGUUGAUAAGCACCGCUCUGCAUACUGGGAUCCUGAAUGCUUAUAGCUGCUUGCUGAAACAGUGAAGUUUCUGUCUGAGCUUUGAGCGACCGAAACCUGGUAGACAGGGAUUGUGGUUGGGUCUCUUGUGAGGAUUAAGCACCCCUUCCACUAGCCUGGGACGCCUCCUGUGUUAAAGAAUCUGCCUUCAGGUCCAGGGAUUUCCUCUAAUAUGUUGGAUAAAGCCAAGACACUCCAGCCUGCCUAUGUCGGGAUUGUGCCGCUUGCAGAGACUGUGUCAAAGCAAGGGAAGAGCUGUUCAAGCACAUAUCAGGAUUCAUACCACAGCUUACGAGAAGUGCUGCAGUUGAAGCUCCAGCAGCGACGCACACGGGAGGAGCUGGUGAGCCAAGGGAUCAUGCCGCCUCUGAAAAGUCCAGCUGCAUUUCAUGAACAAAGAAGGAGUUUGGAGCGGGCCAGGACAGAGGACUAUCUGAAACGGAAAAUCAGGUCCCGGCCAGAGAGAUCAGAGCUGGUUAGGAUGCACAUUCUGGAAGAGACCUCAGCUGAACCCUCCUUGCAGGCUAAGCAGCUGAAGCUAAAGAGAGCCAGGCUGGCAGACGACCUCAAUGAGAAGAUAGCGCAGAGGCCAGGUCCCAUGGAGCUGGUGGAGAAGAACAUCUUACCUGUGGAAUCAAGCCUGAAGGAAGCCAUUAUAGUUGGACAGGUGAACUACCCAAAGGUUGCAGACAAUUCCUCCUUUGAUGAGGACAGCAGUGAUGCCCUCUCACCAGAACAGCCAGCCAGCCAUGAGUCCCAGGGGUCUGUCCCAUCGCCGAUGGACUCCCGGAUUUGUGAGCCUCUCCCUAGCACCACUGGCACAUCACUAGCUCAGGGUACAUCCCAAUUGCAGAUUAGCGCAGACUCCAGUGAAACACUUUUCCUACCUGAACAGCCACCCCCGCCUCUGCCACCUCCACCUCUUCUGCCUCCUAGUCUUACCAAUGGAGUGGCUCUUACUGCUGCCAAGCCCCCACCAACACUCAUUAAGCAAAGCCAGCCCAAGUCUGCUAGUGAGAAGUCUCAGCGCAGUAAAAAAGCCAAGGAGUUGAAGCCGAAAGUCAAGAAGCUUAAAUAUCAUCAGUAUAUUCCCCCGGACCAAAAGCAGGACAAGGGAGCUCCUCCCAUGGAUUCAUCCUAUGCCAAAAUACUGCAGCAGCAGCAGCUCUUUCUCCAGCUUCAGAUCCUCAACCAGCAGCAGCAGCAGCACUACAACUAUCAGACCAUCCUGCCAGCUCCACCAAAGCCUCCAGGAGAGCAGCAGAGUGGUGCCAGUGCCCCUGCUGUACGCAAUCUCUCUGCCACAGUCAGCAGCGCAUCUUCAGUAUCCUCUGGUUCCAGUGGGCUGAUGCGACAAAACAGUAAUGCUGCAGUGGGCAAGCCUGGCCCUCUCCCUGCCAACCUAGAUGAGAUGAAGGUAGCAGAGCUGAAGCAAGAGCUGAAGUUGAGGGCCUUGCCUGUCUCGGGCACAAAGACAGACCUGAUUGAGCGCCUCAGAGCUUACCAAGAGCAGAACGGUGCAGCCGGCCAAACAACCCCCACUCCCAAGCCCAGCACAGCAGCCAUCCUCCCAAAAGCUGCCGAAGUGGUGGUAGCCUUCCCAGCUGCCAGGCUGAGCACAGGGCCAGCCCUGGUCACUACUGGCAUUGCACCAGCAGAAGUAGUUGUGGCCACAGUCACUGGUGGCGGCAUGAUGAAGUUUGGCAGCACAGGCUCGACUCCUCCUGUUUCUCCAACUCCUUCUGAGCGCUCGCAAAUGAGCACAGGGGACGAGAACUCGGCCACUGGAGACACCUUUGGAGAGAUGGUGACUUCACCCCUGACCCAGCUCACCUUGCAGGCAUCUCCAGUGCAGUUCCUGGUGAAGGAAGAAAGCUCCAAGUCUGCCUCCUGCAGCGUAAACGCGGCAGCCAGGUCGGAGCGGUGCAGCACUGGUAACAGCAGAGAUGCAGAAGUUAGGGACAAAGACCAGAUGCUGCAGGAGAAGGACAAGCAGAUCGAGGAACUCACCCGCAUGCUGAAGCAGAAGCAGCAGCUGGUUGAGAUGCUUAGACUACAGCUAGAGCAGGAGAAGCGCUCUCAGCAGUCACUACCGGCCCCAGCGGCUGCGGGAGAAGGGACAGCCCUUGCCUCCAACCCAGUAGCAUUUGGCACACAGGUCAAGAGUGAAAAUGGUUUCCUGAGUUGCCAGUCUGCAAAGCAGUCCAGUGGCCAAACAGACCAAUUCAGCCCUGCACCAACCGCUAGCCAAAUGGACACUUCGAAUCCAAGUCCAGUGCCAAAGAAAGCCGUGAUGGUGAAGCAGGAGGUGCCAGCCGCGGAAGCAGAGCCACCGUGCCAGUCCCACAGCCCGCGGCUUUUCCUUGGCCAGCAAGGGAGCGCCCUGAGCGACCUCAUCAAGGGCACCCCUCCCCCUACCCUCAUCACCGACUCCACAGGGACCCACAUCGUCCUCACCGUGACCAAGCAGAGCGUCGAGAGGCAGGGCCUCUCGCCCCACGGGAAGGCAGGGAGUAGCUGCCCGGCCUUGCAGAGAGUACAAUCAUCACCCGCUAAAACUUCCAGCCAACCGCAGUGUCAGCUACCUACAAGCACCCCUCAGCAGCCCACGCAGCAGCAGAAGCAGCAGCCCACGCAGCAACAGAAGCAGCAGAAGCAGCAGCAGCAGCAGUCCAGAGGACUAAACCAAUCUGUCAGAAAGUCCUCAUCACAGCCCGGCUCUCCUGCUGCCCCUUCCCCAUCCCAGAUGGACCUGGAGCAGCAACAGCACACGUCGCUUUUUGGAACUCCUCCACCUCCUCUCCCUGUUCCCUCAGUCCCAAUGAAAGAGCCACCAGGCUAUGAAGAGGCCAUGAAGCAACAGCCAAAGGCCCAGGAGAACGGCUGUUCCAGCCAGCAGAUGGAUGACCUGUUUGACAUUCUCAUCGAAAGUGGUGAGAUUUCUGCUGACUUCAAGGAUCAGUCGUCCCCAGCUGGGAAAGAACCACCCGUGGCCCCAGCCUGCUCCUCACCGCCCAGCAGCCACCAUUCCUCAGAGCUGGCGGUGCCAGUGUCCUUGGGGCAGCCGGUGCCCGUGGGCCGGCUGGAGGACUUCCUGGAGAGCAGCACCGGCCUCCCGCUGCUGACGGCAGGCCACGAUGGGCCGGAGCCCCUGUCCCUGAUUGAUGACCUCCACAGUGAGAUGCUGAGCAGCUCGGCCAUCCUGGACCACCCGCCUUCACCUAUGGACACCUCGGAAUUGCACUUUGCUCACGAGCCAUCCGGGGGCAUAGCCCUGGAUCUGGCUGAGGCUAACUUGGACAGCAUGGACUGGCUGGAGCUGCCGGGGGGGUCUGUCAUGAGCCUGGCUCCCCUUAGCACUGCGGCUCCCAGCCUCUUUUCCACAGACUUCCUUGAUGGACACGAUCUGCAGCUGCACUGGGAUUCUUGCUUGUAACUCUGUGAGCAGAGACUGAAGGGAAUGGGAGUGGGAGGGCACAGGCAUGCAGGGGGAAGAAGCCAGUCAACCAAAAAAAAAAAAAAAAAAAAAGAAACAAGCUCCUAGUAUUUGUAGUCCUCCCCCAACAGUGUCCUUCCUGCACAAAGCCGGCAGUGGUGGCAAAGGCAGACCCACUGCUCGAGUCGCUGCUGCCUGGGCAGCGGGCCAGGCCGGGGCAGGGAGAAUGGCUGCUGGGGGGAAGAAGAGGCUUGCAGGAGCUCUGGGGCUGGUGGCCUCCUGCCCCCUCAGCGCAGCCUGACCCAGCUCGGGUGAGAACAGAGCCGGCAGCCCCUCUUCCUCCAGGCAGGAGCGAGCAGCGAUGGCAGUGCAUGGGGCACAGUGCUGCCAGGCACAAGUUCCCUCACGCCUUGCAGCAGGACAUAGCAUGACUGGGCCCGAGGCUGUUUCCAGAAGCAGCACCCCGUGCCUUGCUGGGGCUGGCAAAUAAAGGGAGUUGUGCCACCCUGGCACGGUCGGUUUAACGGUUGCAGAAGGGGAUUCUACCUCUGGAGCAGGAUGCAAAGGCGGGAGUGCUGGCUGGGAGCCCGGAAGGGCUGCCCUCUGCACCACCUGCCGUCUGUCAGGGGAGGGUCUGGUCUGCUGCAGGGCUGUGAGGAGCUGGGCAGAACAGGCACCUUUUCCAAGUGUAGCCAAAGGGAACGAGGGUUCCCCACCAACCUGGUAAUGUCCAAGCUGGUUUCCCAAAUAUUGCUGAGCUUGGCAGAGGCCUGCCUGCUUGCUUCACUUGCUUUGGGCUGCAAAACAGAUUUUUUAAGGUGCUAAAAUCCAGGUCCUUACAUGUUAAAUCUGUUCUUCGCUGCCCCAGACCUCUGGCUGUGCCUGGAGUCUAGCCUUCAGGCACACCCCGCCUUCCACAGCACUUGUGACAUCCCCAGGUGAGCAAGGCAGUCAGCCUGUGGGGGGAGUUAGGGACAAGAAAGCGGCCAUGUAUCCUGGGGAGUGUGUGAGGGGCACAGCUAGCAAUGAGCAACAUAUCAUUAGGGGCCAUGUGCAAUCUGUUUCCUGCCUUCAGCUGUGCUGUUGCCUCCCUGUAGCCAGGUGCCCCAGUGGAAAGAAGCAGCUGAGGAUGUUGGACCCAACAGGCAAGGAAGGGGAAGUGGCACUGCAAACCAGGUGUUGCAUGGCACAACACAGGCCCUAGCUCAGUAGUGCAACUGUGAGGGCCCCUUUCUGGGGAGAAGUGGGAGCCUGAAAGCAAGCAAUGGGCAGCUGACCUCUGCUCUUCCUUCCCUCCAGGCCCACGGGGUAAAAGGCAAAAGCAAAUGGGUGCUUGCUGUUAGCUGCCGCCCUGUGUCCAGCCAGCUUCUGCCAGGUAGGGGCCCGGGCUGGUGCCUCGGGGUAGCUGCUGACUGAUGAGUGGGCAGAUGAGUACCCCAAGCCCCCUGAGCCAUGAUGAUGCUAUUCCUCGUGCAGGCUUUUGCAUUGGAAACCCAGGCCUGUGGCGCGCUCGUGCUGUUACUCCUGUCACUUUUAAGUUUCUGUGUUUGUUAGUAGUAACUCAUGGCUGUAUUUACCAGGUGAGACAUAGCCUAGCUGUGCCCCAUGCGGUGGCCUUGCCACACAGCUGUCCCUGCUUUGGCCCUGAGCUGGGUCUGGUCUGCUAGGGCUGAGGGAGGCGUGGGAGGCAGUGGCUUUUGAAAUCGUACGGACUAAGGUGCUGACCCUGCUCAGGCAGUGGAAGGAUAAACUGUCAUCCUUUCAGUAUCUCCUUGAGGAUGCUCUCCCCACCUUUCCCCCCGCGCGGGGCUGCAGGGCUGCCUGCUGGGGAGGGGUAGGUGCGGAUGGGCACAUGCUGCUCCCCUGCCCCUUUGGUACCUGACGCUCUUCUCUCUCAGGGGGGAGGCCUUGCUGCAGGGGUGCAGGUACCUCUGCUCCAUGGCGGGGCAGGUGAAUGCCAGCCCUGCAUGACAUGCUCUCUAUCAGCCACUAAACUGGCAGCCAGGCGGAGUCAUGCCUGUUUUACAGCUGGGAGAAACUCCUGCUUUCCUGAGCCCUAUUUGCUUGUUAACUGCAUGGGGAGCCACUCUUAAUCAUUUGCAGGGGGAGCCUGCUGGCAGCUUCCUUCCUUUCUGCCCUCUUCUCUCCCCUCUUCCCCCCCCCCCAUUGUAAGCACGUGAGAGCCUCUUAUCUGCCUCCCUCAGUGUCCGGGUUGGAGUGAGAGGAUACCCCCUUCCCCCCCCCGCCCUGCCUGCUUUCUGUUGCCCAAGCUACAGUGUCAUGUCCUAAAAAUCAGAGUAACUGGGACUGGUGGA